ACGGGGCUUAGACCAGAUGUAACAAAAAACAUCCUCAUUGUUACGACUUCUUGAAAGAGUUUGUGAAAGGAUAAAAGUUGUACUUUUGUAGUUAGAUGGUCAAAAGUUAUAUGACGUCAUUUGCGCGCCUCUCUGAUCGCAGUCUUUGUUUUCAAGAAGCGGCUGCCAGCCUUCUACAGCCAUUAUAGAAUAGCCUACUUCAAACAGACUACAUUACUCAAUUUUAAUGUCUUUAGGCUACCAUUGUUUGUUCUGAAUACUUACACAUUCACGGUUGACUUUGUACUUAAUCGACAUUCUCACGGAGGUAUGAGAAGAACAAGGAGCGCCCGUGCAAAGAACGAACCUCAACCUCAAAACGGGACAGAUAUGCCAGCUGUAUGGCAGUGGGAGGGAGAUGAUGGGCAGUGGGAGCCCUAUCCACCUGCUGUCUGUAGCCAGCUGGAUGCUGCAGUCAAGGCAGGCCAGACUCUAGUCGCGUUAACUCAUGUGCCUGGUGGUCGUUAUGAGGCCGACCUCGUCAAAAUGGUUCAAACCAACCUAGUGUCCAAGUACAAGAGGACUAUUCGUUCUCAGCCUAUUAAACCUGAAAUUCUGGCUGGGGGUGAUGUACAGAAUGGAAACCACGUUAAAACUGAGGAGACGGAGGAAGCUGAACAACCUGUUGCCAAGAAAAAACGAGGUGGAAAGAGCCAAAAAGCUCCCAAGGAUGAGUGUGAAACUGAAACGAAAGAGGUAGUGAAGACUGUGGUGAUGAAGGGUAAAGCCCCGGUGGACACUGAAUGCAAGGCCAAAUUAGGAAAGGCUCACGUGUACAAUGAAGGAAAUGAGGUAUACGACGUCAUGCUUAAUCAAACCAAUUUACAAUUCAACAACAACAAAUACUACCUGAUCCAGCUGUUGCAGGACGACAAUUCCAAAACAUACAGUGUGUGGAUGAGAUGGGGCAGAGUGGGUAAAGUUGGACAAAACAGCUUGGUGGCAUGUGGUGGGGACCUGGCAAAAGCGAAGGAUGUGUUCAAGAAAAAGUUUGCGGAUAAAACAAAGAAUGAAUGGGAAAGCAGAGCAAACUUUGAAAAAAUUCCUGGGAAGUACGAUAUGAUAUUUAUGGACUACAACGCUGCGGACAAGGAGGAGGCCAAAGUGAAGGAUGAGAUGGAUGCUCCUGCCCAGAAGAAAGUCUCCAAGCUGAACAUCAAAGUGCAAAGCCUCAUGGAGCUCAUUUGUGACCUGAAGGCCAUGGAGGAGUGUGUCCUGGAGAUGAAGUUUGACACACGAAAAGCACCUCUGGGUAAGCUGACAACAGAGCAAAUCACUGCAGGAUACGCCUCCCUGAAGAAGAUUGAAGAGUGCUUGAAGAAGAAGGGCAGUAACAGAGAUCUGCUAGAGGCCUGUAAUCAGUUCUACACCCGCAUUCCCCAUGACUUUGGGUUACGCACGCCCCCCGUGAUCCGCACGGAAGAGGAGCUGAAGGAGAAAAUAGCAUUGUUAGAGGCUCUGAGUGACAUCCAGAUCGCGGUGAAGAUGGUGGAGUCCAGCACCAGCAGCACGGAGCAUCCGCUGGACAUGCAGUACAGCUCCCUCCACUGUGACCUGCAGCCACUCUCCUCAGACAGCCAGGAAUUCCAGGUGAUCGAGAAGUAUCUGCAGUCCACUCAUGCGCCCACUCACACUGACUACACCAUGACUGUGCUCGACAUGUUCGCUGUGGACCGGGCAGGAGAGAGCGACCACUUCCUCUCUGGGAUGCACAACAGGAUGUUGCUGUGGCAUGGCUCUCGUCUCUCUAACUGGGUGGGCAUCCUGAGCCAGGGGCUGCGUGUGGCCCCUCCUGAGGCUCCAGUCACUGGCUACAUGUUUGGCAAGGGGAUUUAUUUUGCUGACAUGUCGUCCAAAAGUGCCAACUACUGCUUCACCAACCAGAAGAAUAAUGUCGGCAUCCUCUUGCUCAGUGAGGUUGCUCUGGGUGACUGUAACGAGCUGCUGGCUGCUGAUUACAAUGCUAAUAGGCUACCCCCAGGGAAGCACAGCACCAAGGGACUGGGGCAGACCUCCCCUAACCCACAGAACUCUGUCACCAUGAAUGGCACCACGGUGCCCAUGGGUCCUCCUGUAAAGACGAGUGUGGGGCAGGGUGGAGGCUACAGCCUACUGUACAACGAGUACAUUGUUUACAAUCCUGCUCAGACACGCAUGCGGUACCUGCUGAGGGUGCGGUUCAACUAUCAGUCGUUAUGGUGAUGUGGUUGCACCUGAAUUGCGAAAGAGGUGCAGAAGUUUGAAAUAAAAAAUGCCUUUUUAAAAUGUUUUUUUUUUUUUCCUGUUUUACCUGACAUGUUUUGACGGUGAAACUUCUGCCUUACAGUUUUUCUCGAUUGCUUCCACACAAGUGCCUCCACACACCCAUUUCCCAACUCCCUUAACCAAUGUCACUGAACACUACGCACAAUUCCUUCUUUACACUCACAUUUCAGUUUUAAAACACUCUUUUCAAACCACUACACACAAUUCUCUGGAUUGAACACACUGCCAUUCAAAAUACUAAAAUCAACGGCCAUCCUAUGUUCACUUCCUCAUCAGAUGGGCAAACUCUCUUCAUACCGGUUUACAAUCUGAAAUCAUCACCCCAUAAGGACACACAUUGCAUGUGAUAUUGAUGAAAACAUGAGUGGAUGCAGUGAGAAAACACAUUUGUUUAGUUUUUGAACUCCAAAAUCUGUUAUACAAGAGAUCACUUUCAUGUGGUUACCCAAUAUUUUACAAUAAAUUAGUACAUUUUUUUUAAAAAUGUCAGAAAAAUAUGUAAAAUAUAGAGUCUAAAAACAAUAUUUCAGUAUUUUACUACAGAAAAAUACCCUCUUUAGUAAGUAGAACAGUGAAGAAAAUAAGUUUCUACUGUGUGUCAAGUUGAGAAUAGAGUUUUUACCUUGUGCAUAUUAGUGUUCAAUGGUUCACAUAAGAGUGUAUUGAAAUGACUGCUUGUGUGUGUCAUUUGAGAACAACAUGACAUUUUUAGAAGAGAGUACGUCGUUUUGAGACAAGACGUGCAUUUUUCAGAGGAAGUGAAGAGUUCUGCCCGUUGCGUGAGAGGUUUGGAGAUUUGUGUGUAGAGUUUUGAGAAUUCGAGAACUGAUUCCGAAAAUUGUGUGUAAGCAAUCGAGAAAAACUGUAACACGCGCACAGAGACACACACAUGAAGACGGAAGUUUCACCGUCAAAACAUGUCAGGUAAAAGGAAAAAAACUUUUACAUGUCUGAAAUGAAAGAAAACAUGAAGAAUUGAUUCAACACUUAGACAUAGUGAACGUCAUACAUCUGCCUUCGAGUUAAUGAAUUAACAAAUACCAUUAUGCACUACUAGGUGAUUGUUCUUGUCAUUUUGCGAGGGGGUAUAUGAAUGGUUUUGUAAAAAAAAGAAUGUGUACAGCUCAUAUGUUUUCAGUUAGUAUAGUUGUUUGUUUACAUAUUAAAGGAUUUUUUUCUUGCAAUAAACAGAACCUAUGUGUUUCCA